UGAUUUUUCUCUGAUCGGUGAUUAUUAUUACUGUUAUUUUUUCCCUCCCCGGCGGUUCCUGUCCGUGCUACAUGACUUGCCAGCGCUUGAGACUGCGGUCCAACUGCGCUGCCGCCGCCGCCGCCGCCGCCGCCGCUGCCGGUGGUGCCGCCGCUGCCUCGGCCACCGCCACCGCUCCGGCCGCCGCCUCCGCCGCCGCCCCGCGCGCAGCUCCCUCAGCCGCCGCAACUUUCCCCCUCAGACUAGUGUGUGAUGUUGGACAUGGGAGAUAGGAAGGAAGUGAAAAUGCUGCCGAAAUCCUCCUUUAGCAUAAACAGCCUGGUGCCCGAAGCCGUCCAGAGCGACAACAACCACAGCAGCCACAGCCACCACAACAGCCACCACCCCCAUCACCACCACCAUCACCACCACCACCACCACCACCCGCCGCCGCAGCAGCCCCAGCGAGCGGCCGCAGCCGAGGAGGAGGACGAGGAGAAGGGGCAGCACCUCCUGCCGCCCCCCACCGCCGCCGCCUCCGGCGCCCUGGAGGUGGCCAAGGCGGACAUGCUGGCGGGCAAAGGCGAAGCGGGCGCGGCGGCGGCGGCGGCGGCGGAGCUGGAGGAGAAGGAGAAAGCGGCCGAGGAGAAGAAGGGGGCGGCGGAGGGGGCCAAGGACGGGGAGAGCGGGAAGGAGGGGGAGAAGAAGAACGGCAAGUACGAGAAGCCGCCGUUCAGCUACAACGCGCUCAUCAUGAUGGCCAUCCGGCAGAGCCCCGAGAAGCGCCUCACGCUCAAUGGCAUCUACGAGUUCAUCAUGAAGAACUUCCCCUACUACCGGGAGAACAAGCAGGGCUGGCAGAACUCCAUUCGGCACAACCUCUCGCUCAAUAAGUGCUUCGUCAAGGUGCCCCGCCACUACGACGACCCGGGCAAAGGGAACUACUGGAUGCUGGACCCCUCCAGCGACGACGUCUUCAUCGGGGGCACCACCGGCAAGCUCCGCCGGCGCUCCACCACCUCUCGGGCCAAGCUGGCCUUCAAGCGGGGCGCCCGGCUCACCUCUACCGGACUGACAUUCAUGGAUAGGGCAGGAUCCUUGUACUGGCCUAUGUCCCCCUUCCUCUCCCUGCACCACCCCCGGGCCAGCAGCACUUUGAGUUACAAUGGGACCACGUCCGCCUACCCCAGCCACCCCAUGCCCUACAGCUCAGUGUUGACUCAAAACUCCUUGGGAAACAACCACUCCUUUUCCACGUCUAAUGGGUUAAGUGUUGAUAGACUAGUCAAUGGAGAGAUACCUUAUGCCACUCAUCACCUCACAGCAGCAGCUCUGGCCGCCUCAGUGCCGUGUGGCUUGUCAGUUCCCUGCUCCGGCACCUAUUCCCUAAAUCCCUGCUCUGUAAAUCUCCUAGCAGGACAGACGAGUUACUUUUUCCCCCAUGUUCCUCACCCUUCAAUGACUUCUCAAAGCAGCACUUCAAUGACGGCCAGGGCAGCCUCCUCCUCCACGUCGCCACAGGCGCCCUCCACUCUCCCCUGUGAGUCCUUAAGACCUUCUUUGCCAAGUUUUACAACGGGACUUUCCGGAGGACUUUCUGAUUAUUUCACACAUCAAAAUCAGGGGUCUUCUUCAAACCCUUUAAUACAUUAACAUCCAUGGGAUCAGACUGUAAGUGAACAUUUUACACACAUUUGCAUUGUAAAUGAUAAUUAAAAGGAAAAAAAAAGCAAAACAAAAAAGUCCAGGUAUUUUUUAUUAAGUCCCCCAUUUUCUGUACGUUUGUUCAGUCUUUAGGGUUGUUUAUUAUUCCACCAAGGUGAGGAGUGUCAGCAAGGUGCAAUGUGGGGAGAUUGCAUUGUAGACUAUGAAGUUUGGAAGACAAAAUUAUAGUAGAAUGUGUAUCUAAAUAGUGACUGCUUUUGCAAUUUUUUACUCAAAUAUGAUGAGUCUAUCACUAAAAGCCGCCCGAUUCUCCAUGUUUGCAGUAUUAUAAGUUAUCAUGGACAUGUCGGUGGGUGCAGACCUUGAAAGAAAAAAAAAAAAAGAAAACCAAACCAAACCACUAAAUUUGUGAAAACUAUAAAAAAACCUUAAAACAUAAUUUGUAUUUAAGCAGAAUUAAUAAUGAAAAAUGCCCAAGAUCUACUUUUGGCCAUUUAUUAUUUUAUUAUUUUCUUUACCGAAUUGCUUUUUUUUUUUUGUUCAUUUGUUUGUUUGUUUACUUUUAGACCAAAGAUUGGGUUUUAGAAAAUGCACUCAGUGUACGAAGUAAUUUAAAAAACACAGCAAGAUUAUUUCAGUUUUCAGCACUGCCCGUUCAAAUUAAUCAGAAGGGGACAAAAUUAAUGAUUGCCUUCAGUUUGUGUUGUGUAUAUUUUGAUGUAUGUGGUCACUAACAGGUCACCUUUAUUUUUUUUCUAAAUGUAGUGAAAUGUUAAUACCUAUUGUACUUAUAGGUAAACCUUGCAAAUAUGUAACCUGUGUUGCGCAAAAGCCGCAUAAAUUUGAGUGAUUGUUAAUGUCGUCUUAAAAUUUCUUGAUUGUGAUACUGUGGUCAUAUGCCCGUGUUUGUCACUUACAAAAAUGUUUACUAUGAACACACAGAAAUAAAAAAAUAGGCUAAAUUCAUAUAUACUUGAUAGUUUUUUUGUCUCUUUUAUUAACCCUAAUGUGGCAGAGGCUUUAAAGUUACAGUGAGAUCAGAGCGCUGCUUUUUGCACGGUCCACCAUUUUUCACAUGCUCCUUUCUUUCUCCCCCGCCCCCUCCCAUGCUGUCUUUAACUGCAGUAUUUUCAAAUGUAAAGGAUCAGGGUAUUGAAUCAAUCACCAUGGCCACUAUUUUGAUGUCCAUUUUGGGGCAGGACUCUUAUAAUAUCUGCUUAAAAAUUGUUAGUAGAAGGUAGGGUGUUUUACUAAAAUCUGACUUAGGCUGAAAAUGCUUAACAUUGUAUAUGUAUGCAAAUAUACAUACAUACAUAUACAAUUUAAGUAUAUAAGCACACAUUGGGGAAAAGGCCAAGGUGCAUUAUUGUGUAGGUACGUGUUCUUCCUGCAAUCUCUGAAAUGCAUUCAAAGACUUAUUGUACCGAAAGAAAUUAAUUUCGUCUCUAUGAUGACUCGAGAUAUAUUAGCAAAGGAUGUGUAUGUGUGCGUAAAUACACACACAUAUCAGCUAUCAUAUGAUCGUUUGACCAAAUUUAGCAGGCUAUGAUAUGUGUGUGUAUAAAAUAUAACCCUUAUCUUAAAGGAGCGCUCUUCCGGAAGUAUCUAGGCUGUGUGUAUUUAUAUACUUUUCGUGCUGCAGACACUUUGGCUGUAGGUACUGUGAAAGUAGCGGUAUUUUUUGGCAGCCAGCGCUGAGCUGUGCCCCGUGGGCUGGGCGGGGGGGCAGGAGCCGAGCACGGCGAGGUGAAGGCGCAGUCCAUGGCAGGGAGGCAGGGCGCCGCGGGCUCACGUGACACCCUGCCUUGCAUACCGAUCUUUAAAGGUUUUAGGGGCUAAAGACAACCAACCAACCAAACAAACAAAGAAAAAGAAUCAACAAAACAAACCUGUAUGGAUGCACUUACAUGUAAACUUUUGAAAACGAGCUCUUUUUCCCUCGGUGCCUGCUGAAGCCCAGUAACUCACGCAGGCGUCCCUAAGAAAGCUGCGUUGCCCGGAGAAUCGAUCCAUUAGUUUUGAGGGGGCAACGCUGCUAGUAAUUUUAAGAAGCGUUUAAUCCUUGAAAGAAUUGGUGUCUUGAUGAGUUUAGAGAAGCCUAUAAAGGCCACAACUCUUGAAAAUAAUUAGAAAACUUGUGCAAAAGGUUUAGGAACUAAUUGGAUCCCGCGGAGAGUCCGCAGAGGACAAGUUGUUCAUUUGUUGCGUUUGUAGCCCAAACUGAGCUCUGCAGCAGUGCAAUAAAUCGGCGACUGCUCACAAUAGGCCGAAUGAAAAAUAAUCUCUAGGUCGGAGAUGUUAUCGCAAACGCUUUAAAGAGCUUAUCUUAGAAAGACAGAAAAGAGGAAGAAAGAGGGGGAAAAGUGCCGGGGGUGAAUAAUGAAGCAAUAGAAAAUCUGAAUUCUUGCAGAGUGUAUUUGUCGUGCUGAAAGAAUAAAGGGAGGAAGAGAGAAUCUCCCGAAAAUAAGUAAUAUAUAAACAGAUGCAAACAGAUCUACAGGAAAGAGAGAGAAGUGAAAGGUUACGGAUGAGAGAUGGGACACCCAGCUCUGCACUGUGUGGGGGAGAAGGAGAGAACUCUCUGAUAUUCUUAGCUUUCACUCUCACUCCUGCAAUUCAAAAUUAAUCAUCACUAUGAGAAAACGAUUGCUUUGUUUGGGGAUGGAGAGAUGGUACCAUCACUUGGAAGCUCCUACCCUCCCCCAUUUUCUUGACUCUAUUAUCAUUAAAACUAAUAAUGCAAAAAUACAAAAAAAAAAAAAGUAAAACUCCUUUUCAACAAAACUAUUGGAAAUAAUAAAAUACAAUAGGUGUGAUUUAAAUUCUUGAAGCCUAGAGACCCCAUUCUAUGUACCAGUGCCUAAACAACUUAAAAGAGCAGCAUCUGCUGCAGCUGACAAAGAAAAUGAUUUAUUAUUUACCACUUGCAACUGAUUGUAUGCUGUAGGAAAUCCAAUAGCACAUACGUAAAGUAUUAUUUUGUUUGCAAUGUAAAAAAAUUAAAUCUGCUGUCAGUGUACUGAAGGGAGGAAAGAGACAGAUCAGGUUGGAGGAAAGCACAAUCUCACCAUGUCAGAGUUUGAGGUUGGCUAAUAAGCAUUAAUUAGAUAAGCGUGAUGCAUAAUAAUUCCUGAAAAAGGUAGUCUUGAUGUAAGUCUCUCCAGACUUAGCUUAAGCCGGCACUCGCUCCCAGAGCUCUCCUUUAGGCUCGGUGUUGCAAAGUAUUGCCUAAGGAGUUCAGGUGCCACAGACUUUUCCCUCUUACACCAGGCGCAGGGGUGGUUGCUGAGCUGGUAAUUUAUUCACGUUAGCAGGAAUCAGACUAUUUUUGUAAAGGAAAAAAUAAGUACAACCCAAACCAAAAAUAAAAUAACACCAGUAAAUCGCGAAAGUUGUGGUGGAUUGUGUCAGGACUGCUAAGGCCCCAAAUAUGUCUUUACCUCUGCCUGCUCCUCAGACAGAGAAACCCUUUUGUUCGCUGAGGCUGAUCCUUGCCCAGGCUCGUUCGGCACUGAAUUAGAGUAAAAUAUCAUCCCUUAUGUGGAAUGUAUUCUUACGAAAGGGCUUCCAAAAAAGUGAACAAAAAUGUAAUUUGGCUUAAAUGGCACAAAACUUCUGCUUGGCUACUCCAGAGAGAUGGGACCCUCCAGAAGAAACCUGCCCAGCAAUCCUUCCCGCCAGAAGGCGUUUCCUCCCCCGGCCUUCCCCCUCCCCCUCGGGCUCUUUCGUUUCAAUCGAUGCCGGGAGAAACUGCCUCUACCUGCAAGAAAGGCGCACGAUGGCACUUGGGAAUAGGAGUCCUCCGACGGCACCGGAUCACUGGAGGCAAACAUCGAAUUAAUUGGAUCUCAAUGACUGAGGUAUCUGUGGAGGAAGAAGGUGACGUGACGAGAAAAGCUUGACAGCCAAAGUGGGAACUGUCCGGGAGAAGGAUCCGUGAUGAAUGAGGUCUGCGAAGUCAUGAUGCACAAGCAGCCCAGGACAGUGUGCUGGCAUCAAAAGCCGGUUUUUGUUCUCUAGAACCAUAAAGAAAAGUGGGGAGGGGGCAGGGGCGGGCGAGGGGGGGAGAUGGAGGUGAGGUGGGGGAGGGGGAUCCUGGCAAGGGGGUCAGUGAGGACGGGGAGUGAGAGAUGGGAGAAAUCAGUGGCUGUAAUGCUAGCAUGAGUUCAUCGUCUCCCCGGGAGAAGAGAAGCUGCGUUUGUCAAAUGGGCUAGAGCACUGACGGGAGGCAGAGGCGCCACCGGAGCGCUCCGAGAUGCGGCUGUGGAAUGUGGAUCCCGACCGACUCGAAGGACAGUACUUUAUAACAUAAUCUAUCCCAAAAUCUUCCAGGCAGGUGUACGAGGUUAAGUCAGGCUCUUCGAUAAUCGCCGACCAUCGUAGGGAACAAGUUUUCUGCCCCGGGGUAGGGGAUAGGAUGGGAAAAGAGGUUGUGAAGUCACUUGUGAAAUCCUACUAAAAUUGCAAACAUUAUUUUAUUCCUGGAGUAAUUUUGUGCAGAACCGGAGCUUCUUCCUCGGUUUAGGCGGGAAGGGCUGCCAUGGACAAGCCUGUAACAUCUUGAAUUAUUUUUGACCGUGCACUGUAUUGCCGUAAUGCCAAUAAACGCUUUAAACGCG